GCAGCAAAUCUCCAUCGACCUCAACAACUUGACUUUGCGAUCACGACACAGCCAUGGGGAUCAUUCAGAUCCUUUUCUUGUUCAUUGCGCCGCUUCUGAUUGAAGCCAAAGAUCUGCGCUGGCAGAAUAGCUUUGAUGAGGCAUUGUUCUUCCACUGUCCCACCCUUGAAUCCAUUUCUUAUAUCAUGAGUGAGCAUAACAAUCAUCAUGAAGACCGUUUGUGGGAUUUCCAUUGUCAAAAAACGUUCACACAGACCCCAAGCUGUUUCACAACAAACUGGGUAAAUGACUUUGAUGACCCUCUGGACUUCCAGUGUCCUAGCAACAGUGUGAUUACUGGCAUGGAGAGUUACCAUGACAACCGUCAUGAGGACAGAAGAUGGAAAUUCACAUGCUGCAAUGCCAAUUACUUCUGCACUGGUAACUGUGAGUGGAGUGGUUACGUUAAUGAUUUCGACGCAAUCAUCAGCUGGGGUGUCCCUUCUGGUCACUACCUAGCCGGAGUCUCCAGCUACCAUGAGAACCAUCAUGAGGAUAGACGCUGGAAAUACCUGACUUGCAAGAAUACUUGCUGAUUUUUUUUCUCAUUGCUUAUAGUACUUCUGCUAUAGGCCUGAAAAUAAAGAUUUCUCAAGUUUGUGCAGCA